GUUGUCGCCUGACCCUGAGCAUUUUGUGGCGGGUGUUUUGUUUGUUCCUCAAGGUCAUCGGCCCUCAAAAAUGUCAUUUCUUAAAAACUGUCGUGUUUUACUAAAGAGUGCAAACUCGGAUAUAGGACAGUCACCUCAACAGUACAAUGUUAUAUUGGAAAAUCGAUUUGUGAGAGGUGCUUUAUUAUUUGAUUCAGGGGCUAUCGCACAUAUCAGUACUUAUGAAUUCGACUUUCGAAAGUGCCAGUAUACGAAAGCUGUUGACGCAUAUGCAUGCCUGGGCGUAUUAGUUCCUAUGAUAUCACCUACUUCAGACUCGAGCAUUAUGGCGCCACAGUCUUAUAUUGUAUUAGUUACUGGAUGUACUUCUGUGGGCAAGUUGCCGCUCUUUGAGGUUUUUCGCAUCACCAACGUGCAAUUCAUCAAUCUGAAGUGUCAAGGAGUUGAAGAAGACAUCUACCCUGAUCUCCGAAAACUGCUGUCAUCGGGAAUGUUUUACUUUGCCCGAUCCAAUAUUGAUGGGAAACCAUUCGAUUUAACUGUUAACAUUCAAAAUCGAAGUCGUUUGGGUGAUGAAAUUUUGACUUCCAGUGAUAUAUACACUCGGGGUGAUACUGGACUAAAUUUUCUGUGGAACAAAGGGUUGAUGGGACCUUUGAUACGAGCUGGAAUCAAUCCUAGCGAUUGGUUGGUAUCCAUAAUAUGUGGUGGAUUCGAGGUUUGUACAGUCUAUUGCAGCGCUGGUCAAGCUCGAGUUGGUGUCGUAUCAAGAGUGUCAGCUCAGAGACCUGGUACACGUUUUCAUGUACGCGGGAUAAAUGAUUGUGGCGAUGUCGCUAAUUUUGUUGAAACAGAACAGUUUAUCUAUUUAGGUGACUCAGUCAGUAGUUAUAUUCAAGUUCGUGGUACAGUUCCAUUAUUUUGGGAGCAACCAGGUUUACAAGUUGGUUCACAUAAAAUUUCACUUAGUCGACCAUUAGAAAUAUCAAUGAGUGCAUUCGAACGUCAUUUUAUGAAUUUAAUAUCACAAUAUGGAUCAGUUGGUGUUGUUAAUUUGUUAGGUUGUAAACAAGGCGAAGCAAUGCUUAGUAAAGCCUAUCAGGAACAACAUAGAAAAUCGUCUUUUCGAAAUACUAUCCACCAUAUUAUAUUUGAUUAUCAUUCGGAAUUACAAUCGAAAGGUGCAAAAAGUUUAGAAUGGAUAAAUCAACAGAUCAGUCGGUUAAUUGAUGAUUGGGGAUAUUUCUAUGCAAAUGGUCAACAGGUAGAAUUAUGUCAAACUGGAGUGCUUAGAAUAAAUUGUGUAGAUUGUUUAGAUAGAACAAAUGCAAUUGAAACACUUGUCGGUGUUCAAAUAAUUCUUCCUAAAAUGUUAAUGAGCCUUGGUGUAAAUGUUAAAGAUCAACACAAUGUGAUAAAUCGUUUUGUUGAUGGAAUAAAGCAGUUAUGGCAACAAAAUGGUGAUCAUGUAAGUCGAAUAUACGCUGGGACUGGUGCUUUAGGUAGUGGUCGGUCAAAACUACGUGAUGCUCAACGUACAGCUGUUCGAACGAUUCAGCAUAGUUUCUUCGAUAGUGCAAAACAAGAAGCUAUGCAUAUGUUGUUGUCCAAUUCCAGUUUACAAGGAUGGAUGAAACUUGUCGGAGAGCAAUAUCUACCCAGACGAUUACUUCAUUCAACACCUAUACUGUUGACUAAUAUUUUACAUCGAUAUCCAGAAUUUAUUCAAAUUCACAAUCUACGCUUAUUUGUUGGUACAUGGAAUGUAAACGGCGGUAAACAUUUUCGUAGUGUUGCUCAUAAACAUGAAUGUGUUACCGAUUGGUUGCUUGAUUUAGCACAAACUGUUAAUCAAAACGUCAACUGGGGUUAUAAAAGCCCUGAUUUUACUGAUUCAGAUGAAUUAAAUAAACCACUGGAUGUAUUUGCUAUUGGUUUUGAAGAAAUUGUUGAUUUAACUACAUCAAAUAUUGUUGCCGGUUCCAAACCAUCAGCUAAUCAACGUGAUUGGGGUCAGUUCUUACAACGCCAUUUAAAUCGUGAUAUUGAUGAACAAGAUUCUUAUCUACUAAUUACAUCAGUUCAAUUAGUAGGUGUAUGUUUAUUUUUAUUUGUUCGUAAACGUCUUGCUGGUUCACUUAGAAAUAUUGCCACUUCAUCAGUUAAAACUGGACUGGGUGGAACUGCAGGAAAUAAAGGGGCUGUAGCAAUACGAUUUCAAUUGGGUGCGACAUCAAUAUGCUUUGUUUGCAGCCAUUUUACAGCUGGUCAAUCCGCUGUUCGUGAACGUAAUGAUGAUUUUCAGGAGAUUUGUCGUCGUCUUAGUUUACCUAAUGGUCGUAAUAUUCUUAGUCAUGAUUAUGUAUUUUGGUGUGGAGACUUCAAUUAUCGCAUUAAUUUGUCAGGCAAUGAGGUCAAACGGUUAACUGCACAAUCUUCUUGGCUUGAUCUCCUACGUUAUGAUCAGUUGACAAUUGAGAAACUAGCUGGUAAUGUUUUUCGUGGUUUUGAAGAAGGCCCCGUUCGAUUUGCGCCGACAUACAAAUAUGAUUUAUUUUGUGAUGACUAUGAUACAUCUGAGAAAGCACGUUCGCCUGCAUGGACUGAUCGUAUAUUAUGGCGUCGCGUAAAAUUGACAUUUCCUAAAACGGACGAAAAUGGCAUUAUUUGUAUGCAGAAUAAUUCUCCAAGUAUAAAAUGGAAUCCCGGUCGAUUGUUACUGUACAAUCGAGCGGAGUUGAAAACAAGUGACCAUCGACCCGUAGGAGCGAUAUUCAAUAUAGAAGUUCAUGUGAUCUCACGACAAUCUCGACGUAAAGUUAUUUCAGAUAUUACCGAAGAUUAUGGUCCAAUCAAUGCGACUGUUCAAGUUGAUUUAAAAAUUAUAGAAAGUAAUUCAAAACAGUUAUUAUCCGAAGAUGUUAAACCAUACUUAUUAAAUGAUACAGACUUCUUAGAAAGCCUAAAGUUGAUCGGAUCUUCAAGGGAUGGGACUAUUUUACUGUUACAUUUCCUAGAUCCUCUUACUAUACUAUUGAUUUAUGCCAAUUCUAAACAGGCGUCUAUCGCUGCGGCAUUUUUGGAUAAUUAUAUUAUACCAUGGGAUUCUUCAUCAAACGGACUACCUAAAAUAACUGGUGGUUAUGAAAUUCAUUUAUCCACUUCAUUAUACAAUUCUACAAAUUGGUUAGAUCGUAUGCAAAGAUUGAUUGAGAUUUCAGAACGUGAAGAAUCUAAUAUAAAUGAUUGUCGAAUACCAGCUGAAAUUUUCAACGCAUUACCUUCGAUAAAGAAAUUAGAUAAACAACGACCUUCUAAAUUUGAUGACAACAAUGGACAAACUUCUAAUAAUGAUAAUGAAGAUUUUGAAAAUGAUAUUACUAACUUAACUAUCAAUCGGGCUGUUGAACCAUCACAACCUCGUAAUCGUCCACCGCCUCCUAGACCAGCUCCACCGUUAAUUAAACAAUCCGUGAAUAUUAGUAGCAGUAUUAGUAGUAAUUAUAGUAAAGAUGAAUUUGAUGAUUAUCCAACUAAUAAUAAUAAUAAUUCAGUUGAUGCAAAGAAAGUAAAUAUCUCUGAUCCUUUAUCACAAACUGAUAAUGAAAUUGAUUCCGAAUUCGAUAAAAUAUUUUCUAUUUCACAUUCUCUAACUACUUCACCUGUUCAUGAAUUUUCAUCGAAAUUAAAUACUACAAUUUCAAAUGAUUUAUUUACACCUUAUAAUGAUAGUAUUCAUAUGGUUAGCAGUUGUGUAGAUCUUAACUUUCAGGAUAAUUCAAUUUUACAACUUGAUAACAAUAAUAAAAAUCGUAUAUUAUCCACAACUGAUCUUAUUGGACUUGAAUUUGAAAAAACGAAUUCCACUAUCAUUGAUGAUACAACAUUGUCAUCUACUCAUUUGCUUGAUCCAGUUAUUGUCCCACCUCCGUUACCUCAAAGACCAGAAAAUUUUAAGUCAUCACAUUUGGAACAACAUUUAUCAAUUGAUGAUCCUUUUACUCUUGUAUAUUCUUCACAAAGCGGUUCAUCUACAACCACGAACCAUGACAAGGAUGCCGCACUUAUAAAUUUUGAACCCAUCUCUCCGACACGUGUCGCCCCACAAACGCCCACAAGACAAAUACCACCUCCGUUACCACCUCGUCUAAAAACUGAAGCAGAAUAAUUUCACAAUCUAAACGCAGAAAUUGGUUAAUCUGAUGACUAGCUUCUGGCUUAUUUAUUUAACAGUUAACUUUAUGAGUUGUGAACCAACUUAUCAUUAUUAUCAUUCCAAUAUUUUAUAUUUAUAAUUUAAGCUCAUCUGAUGAAAGAAUCGACUUUUUACUUAUAAUUAUUCAACUAAAGUGGUAUUUUUUUUAAUACGAAACGGGUUGUAACAAUGAACUAAAAACACAUACUUAUAUCAUGAAUAAAUACAUUUAAAACAAAGGACUG